ACCAUUUCGGCCCAAACACAGAGAACAGAUCUAACGGGCGCUCGUAGUUUUGCAGCGAAGUCCCUGCUCCGUCAACAAACUGCCCCUCGGACCCAUCGCCUUGUCUCCUCCGUCUCGUUCUCUCUGUGAACUCCAAUCUCCAUUUUCAUUGAUCCGAUUUCCACUAAGAUGGCGUCCUCUAUCCUCCCUCUUGCUUCCGCCUCCUCUUCUGCUUCACGUUCCUCACUUGAGAACAAGAAGCAGGGGAAGUGGAACCUUGGAAGUAGCUGUCUAAGCUUUGAUCAUGACAGAAACCAUUUAUUCGCGAAGACGAAGUCCUUGAGCAGGAUAUCUAUGGUUGCUUCAGUUAAUGUCUCUCGGUUUGAGGGGAUAACGAUGGCCCCUCCCGAUCCAAUUCUUGGAGUUUCUGAGGCUUUCAAAGCAGAUACGCACGGAAACAAACUCAACUUGGGAGUUGGCGCAUACCGCACAGAAGAGCUACAGCCUUAUGUGCUUGAUGUUGUGAAGAAGGUUGAGACACUUAUGCUGGAGAGGGGAGAUAACAAAGAGUAUCUCCCAAUUGAAGGUCUGGCAGCUUUUAAUAAGGCGACUGUAGAGUUAUUAUUUGGAGCUGAUAAUCCAGUCAUUAAGCAGCAACGUGUUGCAACUAUUCAAGGUCUGUCGGGGACUGGUUCUCUUAGAGUAGCUGCUGCUCUUAUAGAACGAUACUUCCCUGGUGCAAAAGUUCUUAUAUCUUCUCCGACUUGGGGGAAUCAUAAAAAUAUUUUCAAUGAUGCAAGAGUUCCAUGGUCUGAGUAUCGAUAUUAUGACCCUAAAACAGUUGGUUUGGAUUUUGAGGGGAUGAUAUCUGAUAUUAAGGCAGCACCUGAAGGAUCAUUUGUGCUGCUUCAUGGUUGUGCUCACAACCCAACUGGCAUUGACCCAACACCUGAGCAGUGGGAAAAAAUUGCUGAUGUCAUUCAGGAAAAGAACCACAUUCCAUUUUUCGAUGUUGCAUAUCAGGGAUUUGCUAGUGGAAGCCUUGAUGCAGAUGCAGCAUCUGUUAGGCUGUUUGCUGCUCGUGGUUUGGAGCUUUUGGUUGCUCAAUCCUAUAGUAAAAAUCUUGGUCUUUAUGCUGAAAGGAUUGGAGCUAUCAAUGUCGUCUGCUCAUCAGCAGAUGCAGCAGUAAGGGUAAAGAGCCAGCUGAAGAGGCUUGCUCGACCAAUGUACUCAAAUCCUCCAGUUCAUGGGGCUAGAAUUGUAGCUAACAUUGUUGGAGAUCCAUCACUAUUUAACGAGUGGAAAGCAGAAAUGGAAAUGAUGGCUGGAAGGAUAAAGAAUGUUAGACAGAAACUCUAUGAUAGUCUCUGUGCAAAAGAUAAAAGUGGGAAAGAUUGGUCCUUUAUACUCAAGCAGAUUGGCAUGUUCUCAUUCACAGGCUUGAGCAAAGUUCAGAGUGAUAAUAUGACGGACAAGUGGCAUGUAUACAUGACAAAGGAUGGACGAAUAUCUUUGGCUGGAUUGUCGUUAGCUAAGUGUGAAUAUCUCGCAGAUGCCAUCAUUGAUUCAUUCCACAAUGUACGGUAAAAUGGAUAUCAGAUAGGAUAUAUGAUAAAAAUAUUUCUUCAAAGUUUUGUUUUCAAAUAUUGUAUUCAUGAGUGAUAAUUAAGACUUCACCGAAUCUAAGUUACCUGAGACAUUGAUCUAAAUUUUGUAAUAAAGUGGCUCAGUGAUAGUCAGACGUCUUCAUUCAAGAUCAAAUUUAAAGCAACCUGUAAUGUAAUUUUCCUAUUACUUUAACCAUUGGUGUUUGUUAUUUGCA